AUGCUUUUCUACAUUAAGCAGCAAUUUAUUUAAAUAAAUCGUGCAUACAUUGAAGAAUUUAAAAUACUCAAAGCAAACCAUGGUGUGACCAUAUCUAUAUAAUACAACGCCUAGAAAUAAACACGCAUACAAAUACAUUAUCAACACAGUUGUGAAUGUAAACAAAUUGAGUUGCUUUGAAUGCGGCAAUCGCGGCACGCGUCGAGGCCAAACAAAUCAUUUAUAAGAAGAGGCCGAAAUGUAAACUUUGGCGUUGAUUUACAACAAUUGGCGGCAGCAGUAAAAUGUAUUUGCUUAUUGGCAUCGAAGAGCUGUGCUCCAUUUUCAAUUCAAUGUACCAACAACCGCGAGAGGUGAGCAACAGCAACAGUCGUGACGUCACGUGCCUAUAUUAUUCGAUGUGAGUGAAGCACCUGCAUUGAACCGGUGUUUCUAUGCCAUGCGGUGCCUGCUGUUGAUAUUGCUGUUGUUGGAGCUAGCAAGGAACGCGCAUUAUUAUUGUAAACAGUGUACAGGACUCAAGCGAUGACAUUUUAAUUAAGAAAGAAAGCAAAUGACUUGUCGCAUAUUUGCAAUUAAUGAGAACAACAACAAUGGACUGAUGAGAACAGUUGUCGCCAAUGUCUGCCAAAAGACAAAACAAAAAGGAAAGCAAAGAAUAGAAAGAAGCCGCAGCAUGCAGCAGCAGCAACAUCAACAGCCUAGCAUUAACAACAGCGACAAAUUAUUUGCGUUACAUAUAGGCAUUAAUAUUAAAAAUAAAGUACGAGCGCCCAGCGAAACGCACAUCUUUCACAGCCCAGAGAAGACUACGGCAGCAGCAGCAGCAGCAGCAGCUAAUAGUUAGACUAUGAACAAACGCGGUGUCAUCAUUGUGUGCAUCAUUGCCACACUCCUCUGUGUGGUGCUCGGCGCCAACUUCUACUUCAUGUACUAUCUCAAUGCCGAGGAGGGACAGUUGUCCAGUGUGCGAGCCUUGGAGAACAUGAUACGGCACAAGAUACGGCAUCUGAAGCCGGCGUAUUUGAAUCGGAAUCCACGUUUCUUUAUGUUUCGCAACAAGCUGCUCAAGAACUACAAACUGACUGCGUACGAAAAUGCCAGCGUCCUCUGGGAGAUUGCCAAUUGGUGGCCGCAUGAGAAUGAGAUUUAUCCACUCUACGACUCAUCGAUGGGUCAGUUGCUCAAAACACUGCGCGACGAGCCCAUCACCAAGGUACAAAACUUGGCACGUGGCACCCAGUUGAAGCUGCUUAUGCGCCUUAAUAAUCAGCAGAAGGUCAUCUUCAAACCACAAUGGUAUCCACGUGACUUUGUCGUCGAGGGAGUCGUCUACAGUGGCAAAGAUCGACAUGCCGCCGAGGUAUACGCCUUCUAUUUGGGCGCUGUGCUCGAUCUGCGCUGGACUCCGAUUGUGGUGGGUCGUGUUGUGAAUUUGAAAAAAGAAAUCUAUGCGAAUGGCGAUCAAGAACUGCAGCAUACGAUCAAAAUCGAAACAAGUGAAGAGGAUGGCAAGGAAACGUAUUGCUUAUAUGGCAAAUGCCACUAUUGCAAUGAGGAUGAAGUGGUUUGUGGCGAUGAGAAGCAUAACAUUGAGGGUGUUAUGAUCUACAUUGUACCUGGAACACUGGCCAAGCGACGCUCGCCCUGGCAACGCACCUAUAAAGAGGAAAAGCGAGCCCCGUGGGAAGAUGAUAUGACCUACUGCAAAUCACUCAAGAGCAAAAUGGAAACAAUACGCCUGCUGGACCUCAUAGAUGUGGCCAUUUUUGAUUACCUGAUACAGAAUGGCGAUCGCCAUCAUUAUGAAACCCGCGAGGAGCGAGUGGUACUUAUCGAUAAUGGCAAAGCAUUUGGCAAUCCCAACAAAGAUCACUUGGACAUUCUAGCGCCGCUAUAUCAAUGCUGUCUCAUUCGAAAGUCAACUUGGGAUCGAUUGCAAGUUUUCUCCGGUGGCGUAUUAUCUGAAAUUGUGGAUCGUCUGUCCAAACAGGAUGCACUUUAUCCGCUCAUCACCGACAAGCACAAACGUGGUGUGGAGCGAAGAUUACUGGUGGUGUUUGCUGUCGUCGAGUAUUGCAUGGACAAGGAGGGUGAUAAGAUGUUCAAAACGCUGUAACUUGAAAGUUGUCUUGCUUAUAUUAGGCUUAUAUUGUUAUUAGUUUUAUAGAAAGCGGCUUGCAUGAAUGAAUCAAAUGUAUGUCAAGUGCCACGACGUAAGUUAAUCGCGUAACUAUAGAGAUGAAAACAUUGACCAAUUAUAUUUAGUAGAAUUGUCUAAAUGGGUCUAUAAGUAAUAGCACAAUCUGCAAUAACUAUUAGUUUUAUUCAUAUAGUUUGGUUUAUAUUUGUAGACAAUAAGCAUAAAGAAUGAAUGAUAACAAAA